GUUGACCUGGACUCUUCAUCCGAGACAUGUCAAUGCAAUCCUUCAUUUGUGGUGCCGUGCUGUCUCCAAGCGUGCCUGUGACAUCGCAGGCUUCACGCUUCGGGCAGCGCGAGACGCGAUCUCUCUCUCGGCGGAGGCGAGACAAGGACUUCGCUGCCGUGCUGACAGUCUUAGUAGCUUGGAGGCACAGAAGGACACCUAUCUUGGGCUGUCAGCGUGUGCGCUCAUUUGCGACGUUGCAGGAGCUCAAUGAGAUCUCCCGAGUCUCGGUCAGGGACACCGAGGAGAAGGGGAAGUGCUUGGUGGCGGCCUCGAAGCUGGAACCGGGAGAGCUGGCUGUGCUGGAUCGUCCUGCCAUGGUGCAUGACCUUGACAGUGAAGAUACAGAGACAAUAUGGUCGAAGUUCCAGAAGUUGCCCAAGACGCUGCAAGAAGAAAUUCUGAGUUUGUUUUGUCCAGAAGGUCUAGUACACUCAUUGAAGGACUCGGAAGGGUAUAUGGAUGCAACCACCGAGCAGCAAAAGCUCUUGGGAACCUUGAAGCUCAAUAGCGUGAAGUUGUCAGGCGGAACGGGCGCAGGGGUCUUUUUGACGGUGAGCCGGGCGAACCACUCCUGCUACCCCAACACCCGCUUUUACUUCGAAGAGGAGAUGUGUGGCUUGAAGGUCUUGCGGAGCAUCGAAGAGGGCGAGGAGAUCACGGUCUCUUACCUUACGGAUCGUAGUCUCCUGCAACCGAUUGCCCCGAGGCAAACCUCGCUCCAGACCUGGCAGUUCCGCUGCCAGUGCCAGCGCUGCGCUGCCCCCUCCGACGACGCGCGCGCGAUGCGCUGCCGCUGCGGAGCGCUGCGCAGGGCGACUGCGGAGGGCUGGGGGAGGUGCCCGACCUGUGGAGCUGACGAUCAGGAGAUGCGCCGGGCCUCGAGCCGUUGGUGGCUCCGCUACAAUGCAUGUGCGCCCUUGGCGGCAGAGGCGGAGCUGAGUAGCUGCUGGUGGCGUCGGGGCAUGCAUGGUCGGCCGAGCAAAGUGAAGAGCCAAGGGUGGAUGGAGGAGGUGGUGGCACUGUACCGUGAACUGGCGACCACGGAGGGGCCCCGCCCCGACCCCUCGGUGCACUGGAUGGGGGCGAGCCUGGCGGCCUUCGCCGCGGACGCUCGGGCGACCGGAUACCGCCAUCUUCCCAAGGAAGCCCAUCUUUGGCGGGGUGAAUUUGCCGAAGCUGCCUCUGCGGCCUCUGCGCGCCUGCAUUAUGUGCAGCGGGUUGUCGGUGAUGUGGACUUGGCAGCUGUGCGCUGGGCCAAGGCCACGCGCGACGUUGCCCAAGCGAUGGAGUGCGAGAGGGAAAAUCCGCAAGAUGCCAGCAGGAGCCCUCUCCAGGCAGAAGCUGGGAUCAUGGAGAGUGAGUUGGUGGCAGAGUCGUCAGAAUGUCGGUUCUAUUCAGCUGUCCAGCUGACCAUCAUUGUGCCAUUGUUGUCAUAUUGCGUCUAUUUUUGGAACUUUCGACCCUUUGUUGAGUACGCGAAGGCCUUCCUUUUUCACAAGCUCGGGUCGGUGCCAGCGGUGCCUUCGGCGGUGCCUUUGCCCUUGCGGCUUCUGGGCUCCAAGCUGAAGCGAGGCAGCAGUGCGGAGAGGUCCAGAUCGCCGGACCCGGGUGGCUUCGCAGGUAAACCCAGCCAAGAGGUCCACAAGUCCCAAGGCGCAGCAGUCGACCCGGUGGACCGGACCCGAGAGGUGCGACGAGGUCUGGGCCUUGUGAAUGCCGAGCAUCGCGUGAACAAAGCGAUAGAGAGCAAUUCAUCCCUGCAGUCUACGGUUGAUACGUCUCCAAAGCCUGAGACUGAAGGAAGAGAAAAGGAGGCGGGCCACGGCGGCGCGAUGCGGUUCCAGGGCGAGUUCGGUAGGUUUCGAUCCACGCUGGUUUUGAUUGGAUGGGAUUGGAUGGUAUCCAUUAUCCAUCCAUACGGACUUGGCCUGGAUGCAUUUGCUCAGGACGAGCGAGAGACGGGUGAGGCCUUCGAAGGGCUCAGGGACUUUUCCUCGCUCUGUCGCCGCCAGCGUCAUUUGAAGCAUGGCGAUGAGGCAUACUUUCAACUAAUGUCGCUGGGCUGUGCCGCUGUGACGCGGCGAUGGCUGCCGCUGGCCGAGCGCGAACGGGCCAGGCCAUCGCGUGCCAGUGAGAAGGACGGAAGGUCCAUGGAGACUUCCUUUCAGCAUGGCUCCAAGUGGGAAAAUGCUAUGAAAUUGAUGGAGAUGAAUGGCAUUCUUAUUCUGGAGAGGCGCUUCCUUCUGGGGCAGGGUUGGUCAACACCUGGAGUUUUGAACGACCUGUUCAUCACUUGGGACUGGGACUUUGGCGGCCACGGUCAACUCAGGAACUGGCCCCCUAUGGAUCAGGUGGGAAAUCCCAUGACGCCUGAGCGGUGUCGGGAGAUCAUGUCCAAGCAUGUGAGGCACCUGUACAAGAUCUUGACAGACAGUGAGCGGAACACCUUCACGGAGUUGUUGGCUUCGCCUCCCUAUGUGUGCGAGCGCGAGCACGUGGAGAUCGAAAAAAUGAAGCAGCAACGCUCCUUCACCAUGCCCAGCGUGAGGCCUGGUGAUCUAGUGGAGGUGAAGUACGAGCUGAGCCGUAGUCAGCAGACCUUUGCGGUGUUUCAGGGCUUCUGCGUGAGUGUUCGCAACAAGUACCUGAACUCUGGCUUUGUCCUGAAAAACACCUACGAUGGUGUUGGUGUGGAGCAGCUGGUGCCCAAAUACUCGCCACGGGUCUUGGGCGUCCGGGUGAUCCAGCCUCUUCAACCCAGGACGCCGAACGUUGAUACGCGGCCCUGGACUCGCAACUAUCGCUAUCGCUGGCAUUACUUUGUCCGUGGCAAGUACUCCUGGGGCAAACGAUUGCGCUGGAGGUUCCACACACCUCAGUUGCCUGGAAUCAUGUCCCUGGAGCCCAAAAUCCGACGGGAGUUGGCGAACCUGCGGCACCGCUACCAGAUGCAACGUGCAGAGGCAGACUGGGGACGUGCACCAGGGUUUUCGCAGGCGUUUCGGGCCUUGUGGGCGGUGUCGGAGGCAAAGCUGCCGCCCUACAUCUUCCCAGGGCCCUACCACAUCACUCGGCGCCAGACGCGGGUCAUCUCCGCCGAGCGGUUCCGGAUGUCGCGUGCUCCAGUCUUUGGUCACGUUCAGAUGAAGGCAAUCUUUUUCUUGUUGCUCUUGGCAGGUCACGAUUGUGUCCGAGUGACGGAAGAAGUUCAGUGGUCCAAGUCCAAAUGGGCUCAGCUGCAUGCGGACUGCAAGUAUUCUUUCACGGAAGGUUGUGCCGGUGAGGGAUGUGUGCGGAAACGCUUGCCUUUGGACUUGACUCCAUCAGUGAGUUGUCGGCACACAGAUGCUUACCUCUUGAAGCAUAAUGGCCUGAAGAAUUUUCAGACCAUCGUGGAGCACUUGGAGGAGAAGAGUGACAAGUAUGCCAAGUCAUGCCAACAAGCCAGUUGGUUGAAUCGAAAGUGCAAGCGCCGCGAAGCACAGAUGUUCAAUGCCGUCAAGUUCAUUGCACGGGCUCCGCUCGACCAGAACUUCAUGUCCCAGCUCGAUGAACACGAACGAGCUGUGGUGAGUGAUGCUUUCACAAAGACUUUGAAGAGUCUUGCUUCUUCAGAGGAGGAAGGCCAGCAGAUCGAUGAGCUGUUGCGGAAGAUGAAAGGUCACACGCCAGAGCUCUUGCAAGAUCCACAGGGGACAACGGCGAAAGUGGUUGGGUUGAUGCUCAAGUUGGUGCAAGGCUCGCCCGAAGAGAAAGAAACCGCCCGCAAAGAAAUCUCCGCGAUGCCCGAGACCGUUCCGGCACUUUCAGCAGAAGAUGAGGCCAAGGCAAAGGAAAAAAUUCAGGACAUGGAAAAGGAAUUCGAGGAACAUCGAGGAGAGAUGGAGCUGGCAAUGGACCAGGUGGACACAAAGACCAACGAGGCUGUCGAGGAAGAGGCACUUGAAGAAAAUGACGCUGGUUCUGCAUUGCUGACCAUUCCAGAAGAUAACAAUGCUUCUGCAACUACACGCUCAUUUAAGGUGCCUAUCAUCCAGGCUGUGAUUAGUACAGCAGUUGCCACCAUCCUUAUCGCUGCUGCGGUCUCAACAUUUCCCGUCGUCGGUGCACUGCUCUUAUAUCUGACGUUUGGUCUCGCGUACUGCUCGUUGGAUGAUAAUUUGAAUGAGACAAAUGACCUGAUCAAGUGCAUGGGCCACAUCAUUUUGGCACCUCUUACGGCGGUCAAGUUCCUCGCCAAGGGCCUUUGGCGCAUCACCAAAAAGACGUACCGCUUGAUCCGUGGGAAGAAGAAGACCAGCGAUCCGUCUGAGGUGGCAGUUGAGAGUGAUGUCGACCCGACGGCAUUGCCUUCUUGA